GGGUGUCCGGUCGUAGCCGGGCGCCGAUCACCUCAGGCGGGCAGGCCGCUGGGCUCUGCCGUCCUCAAACUUCAGUUAGCAACUUCCCCCCCCCACCUCCGCCCCCGCCCCGCGUUGCGGCGGGAGACGGCGCCGUCCCGCGUCGGUUCCCCUUGAGGGACGAGCCCGGUGCCUCGGUGGGGAGAGGUCUGGUCGGUGUUGCUGAAGUGAUCGCUUUCCCCUGUUCUUAAUGUCAUCUUGGUGACCGAGAUCUUGGUUUCACUAUGAGAAGUGAAUCGGGUUGUAUGGAUUGGUUGCAGCAGAAAAUGCAAAUCAUGAUUCUUUUUCCUUGUUGGAAUCUUUCAGUUCUGUUGCAUGUGUAAUUACAACUAUGGCAACAAGAGUAGAAAUAAAUUCUACUUUGGCGUCUUUGACGACAGUACCUGACUUAAAUGAAAUCAGAAAUGAGGAUAAAGCACAGCGCGUGUAUGUAAGUGUGCUUUCAGAUGCAAGUAACAAGACAAAGGAUGCUACAGCAUCACUAACUCUUGAAGAGAAGAACAAGUUUGGGAGUACUUUGAGAUCUGCAACAAUGCCGUCGCUAGGAUCAAGGCCAAGACUCUUCCCAAAGCCUUUUUCUAAAGAGAAAUCUUCAGAUACUUUUGCAAAUGUAAAACCACCUAUUCCGGCUUUCAGAUCAAGUAGUCUUAUUAGAAAGGCCACUGAGGAAACAUCAUCUGUUAAGGUAUUAAGUGGAAAUGUUCCUCCAUUAGUAGAUCAGAAAGUAAUUGAAAAUGAAAAUAAGACUGGCAGUGAAGUAGUCACAAACAUGACUUUCUACACUGGUCCCAGUGCAAAUACUGUUAUUCUUCUUGAGACGGCAGGCACAGAGCAAUCAAAGGUAAGCCUGGCCCAAGAAAAAAGGGCUGCUGAUGACCGCAGAGUAUUUAGUACUAUGCAAACAAAAGAGCUUCAGUGCAAUGCGAAGCUGGAGAAACCAUCUCAGCCAUCUGAGACAUCCAGGAAUCCUGAAGGGUCUCUUCAUAGGCAGAUAUCGCUUUCCUCCAGUCUUCGACCGGUCUCUUGGAACUCCCUCAAAACUGGUGAAAAAAAAGAUGCUUGUGAAGUUAAUCCAGGGGAGAAAAACAAUGAUGAUGCAAAUAAUAUUAACAGUAAAGUUGAUUUCUCUAUUGAUGUGCAGCAAAGGCCAAAACCUAGACCAGUAUCCGCUAUUUUUUUGGAAUCAUUACGAGAUCAAAAGCAUCGCACUGUGGAAACUUCUGAGGAAAAAUCUCCUACAGAGAAAUCCUGGGUUAGAAAACCAAGGCCUUUGUCCAUGGACCUGACAGCUAAGUUUGAACAUAAAGAUCUUUCUUCUUGCAAGAAGACUUGUUCAUCUCACGAAAGCAAGGAGAAUGUAUCUCUAAUUUCUUUUACUGACGUGGGCUGUCAUGAUCAGUCUGAAAUGGGGCCAAAAACUGAAGAAACUGAAUUUAAUAAAGACAGUUCUUCUAAAACAAAUUUGAAGUGCAGUAGUCAGGACAUUGGCAUCCUAAAUAAUGGAAAAUACAUAUGGGAAACAAAGCUUAAAUCUAAAAGUGAUCAAAUUGAGAAAAAACCAGAAAUAACGACUAACUUGCACAGUUCUGAAAGAAGCCAUGAAACCACUAGUGAAAGCAGAACUAAUAAGGGGGAGAAAGGACCGGAUCAAAAGGAAACGUAUUUGUUUCUAGGAUGUGAAAGUCCUGCAGCUUCCUCAGAAAAAGAGAAUAGUAUUGUAAGAGGUAGUGUUAAAAAACACAUUAGUUUGUUCACUUCAGAAAAUCCCAGUACCUCAAUGGAUACAGAGCCGCUCCCAUCAACUGCUGAGAAGGAAAACAGAUGUGUGAGCAUCCAACAGCGAAUCAAAGAACUGACAACAGAAAAUACGGACACUAAGCCAGGAAAUCUGCGCAGGUCACUUCUAUCACGACCACUUUCUGCGGACUUAACAAAGAUGUUUUCAAGUCCAACAUCAAGCAGUGAAGCAAAGCCUGAGAAACCUGCUGAAAGUAGAAAUGACUCUAUCAAUGAAACGCAAGAAAAUCAAAAAAGCAAGGAGAUCAAGCUUUCACAUGGCACAGAGUUCACUGAAGCACCCGCUACUGGGAACCCUUGGAAACCCCGGCAGAUUUUAAAAAUAACAAAUAAAGCGGAUCAGAUAGAGAGGAAAGGAAGCUUCCUUGGAGAUGGUCAGCAUUUUUCUCAGCAAAGUGAAAAUCCUCUCUCUUUCACAAGCAACUUGGAAAAAAAAUUAAAACCAACCACACCUGUGGAAAAGACCUACCUUAAAACUGUCCGAGCCACCAUGUUUGACCAUAAUGUUCAGAGGCAUAAUGUUGCUGCCGACCACCCUGGAACUGAUUCUGCACUGAGAAUUAAUAACGAGCUUGAGGGAAAGCAUGAUGUGGUGACUUCAGGGCACAACAGGCGAUCAUGGAUGGGAGAAGCGGAGGAAACCACUGGCAUAAAGAAGGAGUAUCACAAGUUAUCUGAGUCAUUAAAACAUACAGCAGAUGUAGAAAAAAGCGGAAAACCAGCUUCUUCAAGUGAAGACAAGAAAAUGACUCUGGGAAUUUGCUUGGAAAAAUCUUUGGUUGAGAAAAGUGAAAAACCCACUCCUAAAAAUGCAGAAGACUCUCUAAUUUACCAAAGAAUAGAGCCGAGAUACGAAAUCUUUCAUACAUGUGGUGAAAGAGCUCUUAGUGAAGCCAUUACAAUGGCUCCUGAAAAAAAGGCCAUGACACUCCGAACUAGAAAAUCAUCUGUGAAAGAGAAUAAAAAUGAUGACGAUGUUCUACAUGCUGGUCAGUCAGCUAGGACAAAUAGUAAAACUCUCUACUUGAAAGAAGAUAACAUCGCUUCAGAAGCUAGAGACACAAAAGUUUUUACAAGCAGGUAUGUGUCGAGAGAAACUACUGAUUUUUUCUCCAGUGAAUGCACUUUACCUGAACAGAAAAAGGACUCUAAUAAAACUGAAGCGGAACCGAUAUUAAUAGCUGAGAAAAUACCUUAUUCUACAACCAAAAGUAAAUCUUGGGGAAUGCAUGAAAAAGUAAGCAAACUACAUUCUGAAAUUAAAAGUGAUAAGAGCGAAGUCUCUUCCAUGGAUAAGACAGAGGUGUCUAAUACGAUGAAAUGCUCUUCUGAGAAAAGGAGUUUCAGACCAGGUGGGACAGACAGCUAUGAAUUCAGAACCGACUUUGAUCGUGAAGUUAUUUCGACAAGUGCAAAUAAACAUGGGGCCCAGUCCUCUUCAGUGCUUUCAAGCGGACAAUUUUGUGAAUCUUCCAGUAGCUACCAUCCUGAUACAAAAGUACUAACCAUUAAUAAAGAGGAAUCUAGGGCCUUUGGGUUAAGGAAAAGUCUAGACGUGAAUUGCAAAGAACAAGACUUUAGCUUAGAUAUUACAGCUCGUGAGAACAACGAAAAAAUCAGAGUAAUAGAUCCAGAAGAAAAAGUCAGGAGAACCAGAAGUAGCGUUUCUGACUUGAAGAUUUCUGAAAGGUGGAGGAGGAGGACCUUGCCUCAGGAUUCUGUCAAGACAGAGGAAGUCCUCUGGCUCAUGCCUGAAAAUAUCAAAAGGCUGAGUCGGACAGAUUCUUUGCAAUUGGAUGAAGGUUCAGUUAAAAAGAGAAGCAAAAAAGGGGUGGAAGGGAACGAGACAAACCAAACUGUUCUUGGCAGUCCUGAUAAUUACUUGAAAAAUCAGAGUUCUGCCUUUGAGCCAAAGGCAACUUAUUUUGCAGUGACUUAUCAGAUUCCUGGUAACAAAAAAGAGAAAAGCUUUGUUGGUACUCCUAGUGCUAGUGAAACUAAGACAAUUUCUAGCUCAAGGGAGGGAGCAACAAUUAAUCUGGAUCCUGUUUUUCCUGAAAAGUCCAAACCUUUAUUGCAGCAACCAAAUAAAAGUUUGACGAGUACAAAUUGUAGAGAAGACUCGCAGGAAGUGCGUAUCAACAAGGACUGGGUCAAAGAAGAUGACAAAGAUGACGUUUUUUCCAAAAAUAUUGCAUUUGGUAAUUUUCAUGUAUCUAGGAAAGAUAACCAACAGUAUCAUGAAAGAGGCCUGGAUCAUUCUAAAGAGAAAAUUAUAGAUGUUGAUGCUUUCCUGUUAAAACAGGAUCUGGAAAAUACAGCUCAAACUGAUCUCAAAAGUAGCAGAAGAAGUGUUUCUUCUUACCAUGAACCCAGAUCUCCCUUGCGUUCUGCACAGUUCCAUAAAGACAGUGAACCAGGCCCCCAGAAAAGGAGUGAAAAUAAUUAUGAGUUAUCUGGAAGGAAGGCUGAGGGCAGUUACAGAUCCCAAAUUCUUGAUAUUGAUGCGCUUAUGGCAGAAUAUAAAGAAGAAUCGGCGAAGGCCAGCAGCGUUCCAGACAAGCUCUCUGAAGAUCACAGUUCAUUUAGUAGGGAGAAAUCAAAGAACAAAAGAAAUGUGUCAGAUAGGACGACUUCUUCCUAUAGCUGGAAAGAGUGGAAGGGAUCAGAUCACUAUUCUGUUAAUAACAAACAAGGUGACUGUGCAGAAGAGUACCACAGGUCAGAGAAAUUAAUUCUAAAUGAAAAGAGCAAAGAGAAACUGGAAUCCUGUAGCCCUGAAUUUGAUAAACAAAAAUCCAAAGACAGAAAGUUCAGCCCUCCUUACUGGGGAAAUCCUAGCAGCUUUUUUUCAGAUAAAUUUAUAAAUUCACCUGUGGAGUUCAGUAGGAAGAAAACGUUCAUCGUUGAUGAGGAUGAAGAAGUGAACUUAACUUCCAGGAACCGAAGUCCAAAAUUUGUAGUUGAUAAGGUACAGCCUGUAAAUACAGUUGGUACAGACCAAAGGCUGGAAGUUAAUUUUACUUCUAAGUUGUCCGUAAAGGCAGAUGAUGGCCUCUUACAGAAGAAGGUGGUCACAAAAGAACAGUUCUUGGAGGUGUCUCCGGAAGGUGACUGGAGCAAAAAUGUAGCAAGGAGCUCUAUAACAAGGAAUAAAGACACUGCGAAUAAGACGACGUGUGAGAAUGACUCUUCUAAUCUGAAAAGUAAAACUGAUUGGAAGAACUAUACAUCUGGUUUAGCAAGUGCACCCCCAGACUUAAGACGAUCUUAUUCAGAAAAGAGCCGCCAAGGAAAAGACAAUCUACCGCUGAUGCAGGAAGUGAGGGGAAGGAAGGACCUGUACCGAGCCAGGCAAAGCUUCCCCUUGGAAAGUGCGGAUAACGGGUGGAAACAGAAGAUGUCAUCUCAGUCAGAGUCAUUCUUCCAUGAGGAGAAAAAGGCUUCUAGGAAAGAAUGGACCAAGCAGAGUUCAGACAAACCAGACGGAACGGACUUUUCGUUGGGCUCUACUCAGAGAAGCCACCACAGUUUUUAUAAGGAGAGAAGGGCAGAUAACUGGACGGACCAGCUGAAGCAGUGCUUCUCCAGGCAGCCCCCGGGAGCGAAGGACACAGACACGCUCGUGCAGGAGCCCGACAGCCAGUACGGCACCUGGAAUGAGCAGCGGCACAGUGGGGACAGCUUUGUGCCCGAAUCUCCUUCCUCGGAAAACGAUGUCAUUUCGUCGAGAAAGCAACCUCCAAAUAGCCACCCGUCUUCGCUCUCCUCUCAAACGGAACCUGCCUCCCUGGUUGAUCACCAUGACUUCUCAAAAGACCAAAGGAGCACGAGUUUGGACCGUUCCAGCACUGACAUGGACUCUACUGAUGGGACUGAUUUGCCUCCUCCGGGAGACACCUACCCUGAUGAAAAGACCACUGAUUUCUCUUUCAUCGAUCAAACCACCGUUCUGGACUCCAGUGCGCUGAAAACUCGGGUGCAGCUCAGCAAAAAGAGACGCCGUCGGGCUCCUAUUUCCCACUCUCUUAGAAGAAGCAGAGGGCUGGAGUUUGAAAACAGGUUUUCUUUGACAGAAGAACCAGAUAAUACCUGGAUGUUUAAAGAUUCCACAGAGGAGAAGAAAACUAUGCAACAGGAAGAUUCUGAUGAGGAAGAAAAGGUACAGCAUCCUACCAGAUCGUCUUCUGUACAUGCUCAGAGACUUCCCGUGUUUCCAGGAAUGGACCACUCUGUUCUCAAGGCCCAACUGCGGAAAAGACAAGAGUGUGAGGGUCCUGGUGAAGUAAGUUCUGCUCAGCUCUUCAAAUCCCCGAAGCCGCAGCUGGGAGCUCCUGGUGGCAGAGUGCUGCCCUCCAGUGCCGAGAGGGAGGACAGGUCAGAAGAAAAGUCUCCCCAGUGGCUGAAGGAGCUGAAAUCGAAGAAGAGACAGAGCCAUUAUGAGAAUCAGGUUUGAAAAGGUACCUUCUGAUGGAAAGAGGGGCUUUGAUGGGUGACAGCGUGCAGUGACAAAAACACACAUGGAAAGGGUUUCCUUAAUGCGUCAGUAGAACAACUCUGUGCGCAUCGACAUUAACGCAGGCUUACUGUGACGUGUGCACCCAGGAAGGUAAAGUAAUUCUGUGUUGAGGCGGAGCAGUUUUUGGAGAAGUGACGUUUUCAUUCACAGGUGAUACGGUCUCACCGAUUCUCUGCAGAUAACUCGAUUUUAACAGCCCUCUGUGCUGCGAUUUCAUAGUGCUUCCGUCAAGCAAGAAUGAGUGUCACUGGGGGUGGCGCACAUUUUGAAAACCUUGGUGGAUUUUGCAGUAUUCUGGGCAGCUCUUGAGCAUUUAGCACAUUAAAUAGGGUGAGACCAAGCUGACGCUACGACAGUAACGUGCAUUUGUGGGGGCUUUCCUCGAACACUGAGAGGGCUCUGGCUGCUUUCUUGACCAUGUCCUAUCAUUACUUCAGUUCCUUCUGUUUUUUCUUUCCAGAUAGCGAUCCUAACUAGAAGAAGAUAAAGAAGUUUAACAGAAGCCUUAACUCAUCUGAACCUAAAAUUCACAUGUCAUGUUGCUGCUGUUUGCUUCCUGCCUCAACUACUAUGUGCAUGGUGCCUUCCUGUUUUGUGGAGAAAGCUGCUUAAUAUUCAUACUCAAAUACAAAGCUGUAUCUUUUCAGAUAUGGGAGGAUCGUCGCUUUAGACCUGCCCGGAAGAAAAACCGGUGGUUCAUAGUUAGCACUUGAGAAAGUCGUGCAAGACUGUAAUAUUUGAUCCAGGAGUGCUGCGCACCGGAAAAGUCCCCUGGCCGUUGAACAAAGACUACGUUUCUACAUCGGGGUUCAGCAACUCAAAAGUCUGACUUUUCGUAGAGACGUCAGGUGUAAGGCUGGGCUUUGUGUUUGGUUAUGAAAAUAACAAUUUUAAUCAAAUUUAUCUUUUUUUUUUUUUUUUUUUUGUGGAAAAAGAAAUAGUAAGCUCCUAUUUAGAAUGAAGUUUGUGGAAGGUGAGAGUGAAAGAACAAAUUACGUUUACUGCCAUAUUGAAAAAGGAAACUUGAUUAUUUUUUGUAAAAGGUAUUUUUGAUUGGCUUAUAUUUACAUGUGAUCUGCUGACCUAGCAGAUGAAUAUAAUUUUUAGAUGAACAAAAUGUUAACUUUUGUCACACUUGAAAUGGUAUAUUCUGUGUUUUGUCAGCAUGUGGAAUAAUUGCUUCAUUGGAAUGUCUUUCCUAAAAAGGAUCAAGCAAUAAUGUCAACCAGUUCUCUUUAAAAAAAAAAAAAAAAUGUAAAUACUGUUUUUAUAACAAAAAAGGAAGGGAAGAGGGAGGAUGUUACACUCAUAUCAGGGUUCCAGUUAAUUGUUGAAUGUCACUUUAAUAGCAGUUUGGAUAGUCCCACUUCAUAUUUUUAUUCGUUCAUCUGUAAAUACCAGGUUUAAGUUUUUAUUUUUAUGCUGAUUUUGUGGGAUAGCCUAAAUGCGAUCUUCAGUUUCUCAGACGAUUUACUUUUCUUCUUUUGGUAAGACCGAUGUUAUAAUAGUGGUAUAGAUAUCUCAUGCAUAACACGGGUGUUAUGAAUAUCACUAAUAUCUCAAAUAUGUUAAUAUCUUUGAAUACAGAUUCUGAAAUAUCAACCACGAUGUCCACUUAAGACAUACUUUAUUCUUUCCCCAAUUAAGUGCUCUUUUCAGUAACCCUUUACAAAUGUAGCCCAACGAGAGAGGUUAUUCUGUUGUGUCAGUAUCCUCUCGACUCGACUAAGAAAGCGGCAACGUGGAAAACCGAAGCGCGACCGGAGCCCGCUCUGCCCCGGUGCCCUCCGGUGGCGCGGGGCUGGGAGGGGGGUGGCGGCGGUGGCAUCCUGCUCCUCGCGUUGCACUUCCCAUGCCCUGCUGAUGGGCUUUUCUAGGUAUUAAAGAUAAAGCACCAGCACUUGAACUCAGUUUCCUUUUUUUUUUUUUUUUUUGUCUUUUUUAUGAUCAGCGUUUUGGAAAGCUUGAUUCCCGUGGGGUUACCACAGUGGUGCAUCCGCUAGCCAGAGUGGCAUGCCUGCUCUGCUGUCUAUCAAGCUUGUAGCUGCCAAAACCGUGUGCCAAUUCUUCUUGUGGAGGAGUCACAGCUGAGGUGAUUUUUAGUCCCAGUCUGCUCGUAGGAAAUAACAGCAGUAUGUCAGGAGACAAGUCCCAUAUGCGCAUCUCUCUCUCCCGUACUUAGUUCCGAUAGCAGCUCCCGGUACUCAAUGGAGAUGAAAUAUAAAAAAAACCUUCACUUGCUGCUUUGCCCUGUUUCACAUCAGAGCUGUUGCCACCAUUACCGUUUUACAGCCUCUUCUGCUACCAGUUAAGAAAUGAUGACCCCAGAGCUCUGCCCAGCGGUUCACCCUGUGGGGCUUUUAACCCUGGGCGGCGGGAGCUGGAAUUGCCUUUGAACGCAGUUGACCAGCCUGUUAAAGAGCUACUCUUACCAAAUUUAAAAAUGCUGCACAUAUUUUUCUUCUUCCCCUUUCUUUAGAUGGUGGUGGAAAAGGCGACACUUUAAGAUAAGCUUUUGCAUAUGCGUCUUUCGGGAUAUUUUUUUUUUUUUUAAAUGGCAGCCCUCGAGGGUACCAUCAGCUGUAUCCCACGUGCGACACGCGCGUGUGGGUCGCUGCUGAGCAGCAGCGUUCGCAGGUGUGAGGGAAGGGUGAGGAUGGCUUUUCUGACUCGGGUGAAGUGGGGCUUACUUUAAACAGUAUCUAGAAAUCGGGUAAAUUUCCCCCCGCUUAUGAGAAUAUUUACACAGGCUUUGAUUUUUUUUUUUUUUUUUUUCCGAAUUCAGCGGGUUGACAGUGUUGCGUUACCAAUAGUUGGAGGAUUUACUGGUUCUUGGUCUAAUAAAUGAAGGCCAGAAAUUCUGUAACUGUGGUGUUUGCUCUGUGUUUGAGGAAACUGAGGGGAUUAAUGCUAGGUUUCCACAAAGCCCUUUGAAUGUGUAUGCAUUUCCACAUCUGCUUGGACAAUGCACUGAAACUUACUGUAUUUAGUAGUUUAACCUACUACUGAGAAAUGUUUAAUGCUUAAAUGUCUAAUUAAAAAGCAUCUUUAGAAUGUU